GAAUUUGAGUACCUUCAUUACAAUUGCUAUGUACAUUCAUUAGAACAUAAUUAGAAAUUUAGAAUAAAAAAAAAAAAAUUACCCUAGUAUUUAUGUUAAAGGUAAGCUUGAAUUAAUCAUACAUUUCAAAAUUGAAUUAUAAUAUUAAGUAAAGGGAAGGCUGAAUGAAGAUAAAAAUAGAAAUGCAUAAAAAGUAAUCAGCUGAGAAAAAAAAGAAAAUAAGUUAAUUGAGCGGGAUUAAAGAAUAUGAAACUUAUUCCAUAUAGGGAAUCUAAGAUUAAUACUGGUCUAAAGAUGGAAAAUUGAAAAAGGAAAUGAAAGUAGAUAUAGAAAAUAGUAAAUAGUGAACAAAGAUGAGAGUAGGGAGAU